UUCGUGUCAAAACUCGUCGAAUAAGCAUAAUUUUAUUGAUAUUCGAGGUGUAGGCACGUAUUCUAAAUAAUUACCCCACAAUGUCACGCGUGUCCAUCUCGCCGAAGCACGCGGAAAAUAGCCUCCAAAUUAUGGAGAGUUAUCUGCACAAGCAACAGCUGACAGACGUCACGCUGAUCGCGGGAAAUAAGCGUGUCCCAGCUCAUCGAUUAGUACUCAGUGCUGGCUCUGAAUAUUUUGCUACCAUGUUCACAAGCUCUCUGCGAGAGUCGGCACAAAAUGAAAUAGAAUUAAUGGAUGUUGAUGGAGAUGCCUUAUGGGCUUUGGUUCUUUAUUGUUAUACAGGUUGCAUAGAAUUGCAGGAAGAUAGCGUAGAGUCUCUACUUGCAACAGCAUGUUUGUUACAAUUGAAUCCAGUUAUUAAAGCGUGCUGCCAGUUUCUCGUCAAACAACUUCACCCAAGCAACUGUCUGGGCAUAUGGAUGUUCGCCGAUACGCGAACUGGGCAUAAGGAUUGUUCGGAAUUGGUUGAAUACGCACACACAUACACUACCAAACAUUUCGUGGAAGUUACAAAAAAUCAAGAAUUCUUACUGCUGUCUGCCAAUGAAGUUGCGAAGUUACUUGAGUCUGAGGAUCUUAAUGUUCCCUCGGAAGAAACUAUCUUUCAUGCACUAGUGACUUGGCUGGAACACGAUCCAGAAAACAGGAGCAAAGAUGCCAGUAAAUUAUUAGGUUUAGUCAAAUUACCAUUGCUAUCACCCGCGUUUAUAGCUGACAAUAUUGAGAGUAACGAAAUGUUCAAAGACCAAAGAAUGGCGCAGGAAUUAGUAAUUGAAGCAUUUAAGUAUCAUUUGCUGCCUGAGCGAAGAUCUUUGCUUCAAACAGGCAGAACGAAACCCAGAAAAGCCACUAUGGGUACGUUGUUAGCUAUCGGAUGGAUGGGCUACAAUAACGAUGCACCAUUUGUAGAUGCAUUUUCAUUACACGAUAAUGCUUGGCGAUCUCUAGAUGAAUUUUGCGAUAAACGCUGGUCAUCUGUAUCACUCAUAAGCCGUAAAUAUCAAUAUGGCGCAGUAGUAGUCGAUAAAAAAUUGAUUUGCGCAUUAACAUACACAGUAAAAUGCUUCGAUUUCUCCACUCUUACGUGGAGCACUCUACCACCUAUGAAUCGUCUUCGAGAAGGAUUAGGAGUGGCAGUUUUAGGUGGACUUUUAUAUGCUGUUGGUGGUCGUCAGUGUAAUGAGGACAAUGAGUACAGAUAUCUUAAUGCGGUAGAAAGAUGGGAUCCGGGAACAGGUCAGUGGAGUUCAAUAUGUUCUAUGUCCGUACGAAGAUCUGAAGUCGGUGUAGCUGUGUUAAAUGAUAAAUUGUAUGCCGUAGGAGGAAGAGAUUUCAGUUCCUGCUUAGAUACGGUAGAAUGUUACGAUCCGCACACGAACAAAUGGACACCGUGCGCACCUAUGUCGAAGAGACGAGGCGGCGUAGGCGUAGGAGUAGUGAAUGGUUUUCUUUAUGCAGUCGGUGGUCACGACGCUUCAGCUAGCAAUACUAGCAGAUUGGACUGUGUAGAAAGAUAUGAUCCUAAAUUUGAUACGUGGACUAUGGUUGCGCCAAUGAGUGUGCCCCGGGAUUCAGUUGGUGUGUGCGAAUUAGGUGACCGACUUAUGGCCGUGGGAGGAUACGACGGCCAACAAGUUCUCACACUAGUGGAAGCCUACGAUCCACAUCUCAACGAAUGGGAACCUGUUGCUCCUCUUAACGCUGGCCGUGCAGGACCCUGUGUUGUUGUAAAAAAUUUAACCAACAGCAUGUAGAUUAUUUUUACUAAACGAUCAGUAAUUGGACUUGUUAAUUAUGCAAUUUAUAUUUGUAAUUGCAUAUGAUUUAGGUCAAAAUUAGACAUCAGAGAGAAAAAGAGAGAAGCGAUAAAAAGUUCAAGAGAUUCAGGUACAAAAAACGAAAUCUAAAGAAACACAACGUAAUGCAGGAAGUGUAACACAAUAUAAUCCAAUUGUGGUAUAAUUGUAAAAAAUAAACUUCUAAUAGCGAUUUUA